AUGAGCUGGAGCUUCCUGACCCGUCUGUUGGAGGAGAUAUCUCUGCACUCGACGUACCUGGGCAAGCUCUGGCUCACCACGUUCCUGAUCUUGCGCAUCAUGCUGACUAUCGCGGCGGGCGAAUCCAUCUACCACGACGAGCAGAGCUCGUUCAUGUGCAACUCGCAACAGCCGGGCUGCACAAACGUCUGCUACGACUCCUUCGCUCCCCUCUCCUACGUGCGCUUCUGGAUUUUUCAGAUUAUCACCGUGGCGGCGCCCAGCAUUCUCUACCUCGCCUUCGCCAUACACAGGAUACAGAGGUCUAGUAGAGUUCAUUCCCGCGUCGUUAUCCGCAGGUCAGAAGGCUCGACCGGCCACAAAAAGCACCGACGGACCGAGCAAGCCGAGGAGAAUGUCCAAGCGGAGAAAGGAGGGGAGUUUGCCGACGAGGCUGGCGAGGUCAAGAAGAACGACCACAGAUGGCACGACGGGCGCCGCGCGAUCCCGGCCGACGGCCUCAUGUGGGCAUACACGCUGCAGCUCGUCCUGCGCACGGUGGCCGAAGUGGGCUUCCUUCUGGGCCAGUACGUGAUGUACGGCUUGGAGGUGAUCCCCCGCUUCGAGUGCCCCCGCCGCCACCCUUGCCGCCACCGCGUCGACUGCUUCGUGUCGAGGCCCACGGAGAAGACCGUCUUCCUGUACGUGAUGUACGCCGUGGGCGGCCUCAGCCUGGCUCUCGACCUGGCCGAGCUGACUUGUUGCCAGGCAGCCGAGCCAAGCGCCAGCAACGAUUCCUACUUGAAGUCAUUGGGGAGAGGAGCAAAAAUAUAUCACGCGAGGAUUGCGAACGGCGAUCCUCCUCCUCCGCCUCCUCCUCGUCGCGCGGCCGAGACGGAGGAGGCCGCCCCCCGGCAGGUGGCGAUAACGCCGGCGGCUGCGUCGCAGCUGCAAGGUUACCUGCGCGCGAUACAGCGGCGGCUGGAGCUGACGGUUUCCCCACCACCCCGACGGGCCAGGGCAACGCGGGGAUACGGGGAGAGCGGAGCAGGGAGAGGUGGGGGAGGCGGAGAGGGAGGACGGCGGGAGACUCCGGCCUUACGCUCGGCCGCGGUGGCCGUGAGCAAAAACCCCCAAGUGCAGCUCGGCAAGAAAUACGAAGUGGCGGCGGCGGCAGACGAA